AAGUGACGUAAACACCAAAGAAGAAGACAUCAGCGUCAACGACGUAGUACGUUUGGUUGUGUUUGAACGACUCUUAAUGUAACUGAAGUUUUGAAUUCUGUCAGCGGUGAAGGUAGGAUCCCUGUGGACUGUUACAGAGGAAGACAUCAACUGUCCGACAUGGCUGCUCCAACGCUGCAGCAGCCCAGUUUCCUACUGGCCAACCUCAAAGCUGAUUCCACCACCAAACCUCUGCUCCAGCGAUGCCAAGAUCUGGUCAGGAUCAUUGAUGAAUAUCCCGCCAAGGAGCUGCACUUGAUUUUCCCCUGGCUGGUGGAGAGUGUGUUUGGCAGUCUGGACGGUGUCAUCUCUGGCUGGAACCUGCGACUCCUGCAUUCACGGAGCAUUGAGUACAACAUCGCUAUAGAAUUUCUAAACCCCAGUGGGCCAAUGAUGAAGCUUGUGUAUAAACUUCAGGCAGAAGAAUACAAAUAUGAAAUAUCUGUCAAUUAUCUUCCGGGUCCUGUGAAGGCCUGCAUCCAACAGGGAGUUCUCCCCGACUGCCCGCUGUUCCACAACAAGCUGCAGUUCCCCCUGUCUGGUCUGCUGACUGUCAACCUCGCUCUCAAUCCGUUUGAAUUCUUCAUGUUCAAUUUUGCGUACUGUCUCAUCACACCAAAGAGCUACCCCCAGGGCCAACAAGGGAGCUGCACAGACAGUGCGUACUUUGUGCUGGUGGACACUUACCUGAAGUACUUCCUCCCCAUUGAAGGAAGUGUGCCCCCUUCUCCUUUCUCUGACUCCAGAGGCUCUGUGUCUGCACCUUCACCAAGGUCUUCCAGUGUUUCGUUUGCUGGUUAUGGCGUUCACAGCCCGAGUCUCCUGAAACAUCACAUAUUCCACCAGCCCUCUGUGAACGCAGACCCUGCAGCCCAGGAAAUCUGGAGGUCUGAAACACUGCUGCAGAUGUUUGUGGAGAUCUGGCUCCAUCACUACUCCUUGGAGAUGUACCAGAAGCUGCAGUCUCCCCAGGUAAAGCUGGCGCUGCUGCAGUACCGCCUCAGUAUGUCCAGCAUGCCGUGCCAACCUAACGCCCCACCAGGCUCUGGGACUCUCCACACCUACCAAGAGCCCUUCACCCCAACAGAGGAGCACGUGCUGGUGGUGCGUCUCCUGGUGAAACAUCUGCAUGCCUUCUCCAACAGCCUGAAGCCCGAGCAGCUGUCCUCAUCACCCUCCGCCCACUCGCACACUCACACCAGCCCGCUGGAGGAGUUCAAGAGGGUGGUGGUGCAGCGCUUUGUGCCGCAGAAACUGUACCUGUUUCUCCAGCACUGCUUCGGUCACUGGCCUCUAGACGCCUCAUUCAGAGCGGUGUUGGAGACGUGGCUGAGCUACAUUCAGCCGUGGAGAUACACAGGGGAGAAGACCGGCCCUCAGCCAGACCCAGACAGAACAGUACCCGACAAAUGGGAGUCGUUUGUGCAGGAGAACCUGCUCAUAUACACAAAGCUCUUCCAGGUGUUUCUGAACAGAGCCGUGAGGACCGACCUGGUUAACGCCAAAAAUGCUCUGAUGGUCUUCAGGGUGGCCAAAGUGUUCGCUCAGCCAAACCUGGCAGAGAUGAUCCAGAAAGGAGAGCAGCUGUUCCUGGAGCCGGAGCACGUCCUCCACCACCGCCAGCCCCGCGGCUACCUGACGCCAAGCCAAGGAGGCAGCUACCUGUCGUCACGGCAGCGGGUGAUGACCGACAUGGUGUUCAGGGUGAAGAGUCAUGUCUAUGCUUUGGAAGGGCAGGACUGUCAGUACAGCCAGAUGUUUGGCACGGAGCUCAGAGCAGCAGUCAUGAAGUUGAUCCAGAUCAUCGCACAAGCCAGACACACAGCCAAGAGGAUAUCCGAUCACUCCAGCGAGGCGGCGGCCAACACCUCGUUCCUGACCUGGUUUGGACUGGGCUCCUCUGACCUCAACGGGACCUACCCCGGGGCCGAGCCAGAGGACAGCGGGGAAUGUCUGAAAAAGACCCAUGAGUUCCUGGACAGAGCUUUGGAGAACCUGUGUCAGAUCUUCAAGCUGAACCAAGGGCAGAUGACUCAGCUUAUAUCAAACCUGGACUGUUCCCAGGAUGAUGGCAGCUGCAAACAGCUGCCAGACUGCAUCCAGGGAGAGAACGGACUCAUCCUGACUGACCUGGGCCGGAAGCAGAUCAUAAAUGGACUGCGCAGGUUUGACAUCCAGUAUCAGGGAGACCCGGAGCUUCAGCCCAUUAGGAGCUAUGAGAACGCCCUGCUGGUCAGGCUCUUCUACAGGAUCUCCUGUCUGGUUAAUGAGAGGUUCGGAGAGCACAUGAAUGCGCUCUGCUCACGUCCAGACUUCCUGGGUCGCCUGGGCCGUCACUACUUGACGGACCCCAAGUCCACCACCAGACUAAAGCAGAGCCCCGUGUUCCAGCGAGCGUUAGAGAGGAACUGCCGGCCGAGGCUGAGCCUGCGCGUGCUGGCCAGCUACAGGACCAUGCUGCUGCUGCUGCUGUUCUACGUGUCGGGAGCCCUCCUGUCGUUCGGCCCCGGAUGCAGCACUCUGCUCAUCCUUGCAGGGGGGAUCCUGUACGGACUGUUGGUGACGCUGUUGGGAGAAAAACUGAAGACACACUAACGGAGCCACAGGGUUCACGUUUGGAACGUUAAUGAUUCAUUUGAUCAGUUUGAGUUUUGAACAGUGAACGUUGUAACAUGAUGAAUAAUGUAUGUUAUUGAUCUCACUUAUUUUGUUGAUUACUUUGUCAUUUGGCCUGUAGAGCAUGAGAAAACCGUUUUAAGUCCUGUCAUCAGAUGCCAGCAGGCAAAACCCCAGUAUUAGUGUACUAUCAGACCAGGAGAGCAGCAGUUUCACGUUUAAAAAGCCAAUAGUUGCUUUCACGAUCGACUACUUAUUGACUCAUUGUCACAGACUCAUUGUAUAUCGGUCCUUGUACAGAUAUUUUUACCUGCUACACCAAAGUCAGAGGUGAGAACCAGAGAUGUUGGAGAGGAAUCCCGCUGCCUGCUGUGAGAACACGGAGGGAAACCUUCAUGUCUCCAACACAGGGGCAUCUGGGAACAGGCGGAGUGUAGGAGCCCUGUCGGCAGCAGAGUGAACGUCGACUGGCAGAUCUGUUGUUGCUUUUGUUACGAUGUCAGGUGUUUUGUGUGUGUUGGUCGAGUGUUGCUGCUCUGUUGAACGUUUUUAUUUAUUUUUUUCUGACAAGCAUCUGAAAAGGUGCCAAAACGUGAGUGCUGAUGGAAUAAACUGAUGGUUUUCCUCUUUGAAA